AUGGACAUUCAGGCCAUCAAGGCAUCUCUGCAAAAGGGACAAGUGAGAUUUCUCCAGAAGGCCUCUUCCCAGAUCAGCUUCCCAUUUGUGAAAAAGAAGCUGGAAGCGGAUUCCUGGACGACGAGGAGGAAGACAGAAGAGAGGGAGGAACAGGAACCAGAGCAGCAGGGCUCUGAAUUUAGAAACCUGGCCGUGCUCUUUGGAUCUGAUUUGGCCCGAGAAUGCAAGCAUCAGAUAAAAAUAACAAGUCACACAGUAGAGGACGGAUCUCCGGCUUCUCCGGCGCCCGGGGCCGCACAUGCCCAGCUUAUCAUUCAAUCUGCAGCAAAGGGGAGAAAAGCUGAAUUUUGCAAAGCUGACUUUGCAAAUAUUACCUUUGCCUCUGUCUUCGAGAAGGCCAAGCUCCCACUGACGUCAAAGGCAGUUGGCCUGUGGGGAAUGUGCGGGCUCAGUCAGAGUGCGUGUCCAGUGCCUUGGUGGAAAAUGCAGCCGGCAGGCCUGCGGGGUGGGGCCCUGGGCUGCCCUUCAGCAGCAAGUGCAACUGCCUUCAGAGAGGAAUUAAUGGAGAAUCCUCAGGUCCUGGAACUCAAGUCCAUCUAUCUUGUGUUCUGGGAUUCCAUGGGCCCCUCUGAAUUUGCCAAGAUGACGAACACAAAGGGAAAGAGGAGGGGCACCCAAUGUAUGUUCUCUAGGCCUUUUAAAAAACAUGGAGUUGUUCCUUUGGCCACGUAUAUGCGAAUCUAUAAGAAAGAUGACACUGUAGGCAUCAAGGGAAUGGGUCCUGUUCAAAAAGGAAUGCCCCCAAAUGUUACCGUGGCUAAACUGAAGAGCUACAAUGUUCCCCAGCAUGCUGUUGACUUUGUUGUAAACAAACAAGUUAAGGGCAAGAUUCUUGCCAAGAGAAUUAAUGUGCGUACUGAGCACAUUAAACUCUCUAAGAGCAGAGCUAGCUUCCUGAAACGCGGGAAGGAAAAUGUUCAGAAAAAGAAAGAAGCCAAAGAGAAUGGUGCCCGGGUUCAACUGAAGCACCAGCCUGCUCCACCCAGAGAAGCACACUUUAUGAGAGUCUGGGGGAAGGAGCCUGAGCUGCUGGAGCCUCUUCCCUAUGAAUUCAUGGCAUCAUAG